AUGGCAGGCGGUCUGGCCCCCGUCCAUUUCUUUUCUCAUGGAUCCACGGCAAUGCUAGGCGAGCAGUCAGACUCGGCAGAUUAUUGGGCCGAGUGUGGAGCAGCGGCUCGCCGAAAUGGAAUUGAGCAUGUUGUGAUUAUGGGUGCACACUGGGCUGCUGUGGGCGAUGACAUUCAAGUCGCUACCAGCCCGAAACCCAAGAAGGCACCAAUUGGCGGCGUCCAUCCUAGCAAAUAUGUCGAUUACGAAUUGAUUCCAGAUCUCCCAAUGUGUGAGCGUGUUAUAUCAACCCUCCGAAAAUCUGGAUUUAAUGCCUCGGCCAAUCCCAACUUUGAUUGGAUCCACGAUGUAUAUUUGAUCCUCAUUCGAACCUUCCCGGAGGGCUGUCCACCUACGACAGUCAUCAGCAUGAACGCUCGCUUUGAUCCAUAUUAUCACCUGCGAGUCGGAGCGGCCCUGCGACCACUCCGUCGUGAAAAGGUCUUAUUCAUUGGCUCGGGCGGUACUGUUCACAAUCUCUACCGCAAUGUAUGGUGGCCGCUGCUUCGGUAUGCGGAUAAUUUUGCUAUGCCAACACCGCCUGGAGACUGGGCGUUGGAUUUCCGUCAAGAGGUCGAAGAUGCCAUGACCAAAGCAUCAGGACCGCUGCUCAGAAAAAGUCUGACUAUGCUGAUGAAGAUACCGAAAUUUCGUGAAGCCCAUGCUACUGACGAUCACAUUAUGAGUGCUAUGUUUGUGGCGGGGCUCGUAGGAGAUGUGGAGGAUGAGGGUACUCCAGUUGAGAUUGGAGCCGAGGACUGGGAGCUAACAAAUAUGUGUAACACACAGUUCACAUUCGGGAAAUGGGAAACAGCGAGCGGAUGA